UUUUGUGAUCUACAUACUUUUUUCACUCUGCCUGGUUCUGUUUUUUUAUAACUAACAUUCAUAACUGCAUUCUCUUUUGUCUUUAUAUAUUUUUUCAGUCAUACGAACAAGCGCUGAUCUUUCUUAUUCAUCUUCAUGUAAUAAGGAAUUUAUACAGGGAGCAGAAUGACAACUAGUAUCGAAAACUACUCACGAGAAGAGUCAGAGGGCGUACCGUUGCGAAGAUGUUGAUGAUUUCAGAGGACUUUAUGGUCCAGUUAAUGGAUUGAUCCUGUUAAUGAAAGGACAUUAUCUAUGUAAUGUUCGUUUUGCUUGGUGGAACCCUGCUACUAAAGAAUGUAGGAUUAUUCCUAUAGUUGAAUUUGAGCUUGAACGAUUCUUCGAUGAGCAUGAUACUGUAACAGCGGUAGGGUAUGAUGCUGUGAGCAAAGACUACAAAGUCUUAAGUCUUCGAGUGUACACAAAUGAACAUAAAAGAGAGAUUCAUCCAAGGACAUUUGGUGCUGUUUACUCGAUGAACAGCGACUCCUGGAAGCACAUUGAGCCUAAUUUCCAUUACAACGAUUCCUUGUAUGAGUCCCAGGACUGCACUCAUAUAGACGGGGUCUAUUACUGGUUGUGCCUUAUCAGAGACGUUGGCUAUGUUAUAUCAACAUUUGAUUUCACAACGGAAACGUUUGGGCAAAUGGAAGGACCACCAAUUCCAAGAAAUCAUUGGGGGACUCUAAUGAUGCGCGUUGGAUCUCUUGCUGCAAUGUCUAGUGACCAACUGUCAGAAUCUGAAACGUCUUGUUACGAUGUAUGGGCUAUGAUCGGAGAGAAUAAUUGGAUCAAAAUCAAUACAGUAAUUCUUCCUAUGAAAUGUCAUUCGCCUCUUGGCAUGUGGGGCUAUGAUAAGUACAUGUUUGAAUUGAAUCGAGCUUACAAUUUGGCGUAUUAUGACUCCACAGCUAAACAAACUACAAAUUUUGGUUUACAUAUGACUGAAAUAUGCUCUGGUAGUGUUUAUGCUAUUAGUUAUAAAGAGAGUUUAGUACCAAUAAAGAGAGAAAAUUCAAUUGAGGAGGAUACUGUUGAAUACUUCUUGAUAACGUUUUAAACAUUCUUCUUGUUCGAUCGCGUAGAUUUGGUUUUGUUUUGUAGUCGUUCACAAAAUUAUUCAAACUUAGCUUUUAGAUGAAGCAGUCACAUUGUUAGUUAGUGAACGUAUGGCACAAAAGUUUAUUAAAUUAUGUUUAUGAUUUAUAUGAAAUAUAUGUAUGCACUUGUUUUUCCUCUAAUUUACCAAAUUAUGAGAUUUUUUUGUAA